AUGAACCAUCAAAGCCCCUCGGAGAGCUUCAUGGUCUUGCCAGGCAUGAAGCCCAAGUACACCGAAGACCCCAACCGCCCUGGAGAGCCACGCUUAGCUGGUUUCGGAUGGCUACCAAAUCGAGCUCGCCAUCUCUUCAUCUCCUUCGCAGGUGAAUUUGUCGGCACCUUCCUCUUUCUGUUCUUCGCCUUCGCUGCUACGCAAGUCGCCAACAACCUCCGUGGUACCAGGCCCAUGGACAUUGGAUCGUUGCUCUACAUCUCCUUGGCAUUCGGCUUCUCGCUGGCAGUCACGGUAUGGGUCUUCUUCCGCAUCAGUGGAGGCUUGUUCAACCCUGCUGUCACCAUCGCCAUGGGUCUCAUCGGAGCACUUGGCUGGAUGAAGGUCUUGCUGCUGAUUAUCGCGCAAGUACUCGCCGCCAUCGCCGCUGCCGCCGUUGUCUCUGGACUAUUUCCAGGGCCACUAUCUGUGAAUACGUCCCUCAGUAGGGAAACGUCUGUUACGCGAGGCCUGUUCAUUGAGAUGUUUUUAACCUUCAUGUUGCUUCUGACCAUCUUCAUGUUGGCAGCGGAGAAGCACAAGGCGACUUUCAUUGCCCCGAUCGGCAUCGGACUUGCUCUGUUCAUUGCUGAGUUGGCCGGUGUAUACUUCACUGGAGGCUCUUUGAAUCCAGCUCGCUCUUUCGGACCAGCCGUCAUCACAGGCGUAUGGCCCGGACAUCACUGGAUCUACUGGUUGGGUCCUAUUUUUGGCGCUAUUCUAGCCGUCAUCUUCUACCGUCUGAUGAAGAUGCUCGAGUACGAGACUGCCAACCCCUGUGCAGACCACGACGGCCGUGAAGCAUACCACAAGCAUGGAGUUGGUAGGAGUGCUGAGCACUACGAGAUCACUCCUGCCCGCCAUGCGACCGAUGGAACCGAUGAGCAUGACCACGCGAAGCAGUUGCGAUCUGACACCAGGCAGCCUACCAUGGAUCAGCGUCAGGCAAUACCUUCUCUGGACACCAUGUCGACGUCUACAGGCUACGUCGAGAAGCCAGCAGCACCGAAGCUCGUACAUAUGCAGACGUUUGACGGCCAUCGAUCCGACAUUGUCAAUCAUCCCGAAGAUCGUCCACGUGCCCAUCACAAGCGCAGCUCGUCGCAAUAUGAAAUGGCAUCUGACUCAAGCUACCGCAACGGGCCGAGUGCGGAGUUAGGCAGCUCGGAGUCGUAG